GGUGUAAAUUGUUGUGUGCCGCGAUGGGAGAAAUAAAAGUGGGAAGUGAUGAACAAUAGAGCUGGCUGUUUCCGGGAGGCGCCAGCAUUCCCGAGCAACUUUCGCGCUCUUGUUGUGCAUACCGACAGUCGGCCAAGCACACAGCCCAUCCAGCUCACACCGGCAGCUGCUUUUGAGUCAUAUGAGAGUUUUAGGCGAGAUCACCGAAGAGGGAGAAUCAAACUGCCGGCGUGGGGUUGUCAAAUGAUUUGCAUACGGACUUCCGCCCCCUGAAUUUAGUUUCUACAUCAACUAGCAAAGGCAGUGGGCAGACCUGAGCCCUCAAGUCAGGCGCAGUCAUGCGGACUUGACAUUUAAACUCGGUUAAUAUUUGGACAUGAACGGCACACGCGUGUAUUUCGGAUGGUCCCGAUGGAUUUGGAUUAAACUGCGCACUGGGAUCUGACACUUUCUUUCUCAGAGGCGUUUAGGCUACUGUGCUGGAUUUCUGCCGGCUCUUGUGGAUGUACCGUGACUAUUUGCCGUUAAUUCCAGUGUAGAACUGGAAUAUUGCAUUGGACCCAUUGGGGUGUUUUGUCAGGAAAAUGCGUGUUUUCAUCUCCUCUCAAGCAGGGGGAUUCCUCGUCAGUUUGCACUUGUCUGUUUGGAUCCUAAAGUAGGAUACAGCCAGAUCCUCCAGCCCAGUCGAGGAUCUGAUGUCUGUAUGCUCUGAUGUCUAUUUCAAUGUGUCAUAUUAGAAGAGCUGACCAUCUCUUUUGGAUGGAGUUUUACCUCGCGAUCUUCUUUUGACGUCUUGGACAGCGUGGACGCAUUUUUAGAUCGUUUUUAGCUUGGAUUACUUAUUUUUUGGGCUGCGUUUUUACAGGUUGGAUAUUAUUGUUUAUUUCGGGUAAUUGAACUCGGUGUUUACUGUGAAAUCACACGUUUCAUUCUUGUGAUUCGUUUUGCCGAUCCACUGGGUGAAAAUACUGUGUGAUCUCUUGUUGAUUUAUUUAUUGUUCGUUGAAAGCUUUUGCACACCAUGACUUUCUUGUCCGGGGCAGCGGUUCUUUUGCUGCGUGGACUCGUCAUCUCUGCGGUAUUGGGCUUAGAGAGUUCAUACACGGGUCAUUUGUCGAACCGAGUCACUCCGGAUCCAGCUGCAGCUGUUGCUCCUACAGACCCGUGUUUAAUAGUCAUCCCUCCAUGUAUGAAUGAAGCCGACCGCUUCAGUUUAGAGGCACUUCGGCACAUUCACAAGCAGCUAGAUGACGACAACGAUGGAGGAAUUGAAGUGAAUGAGAGUGUAGAGUUUAUCAUAGAGGACAUGAAGCAGCACCAGACUAAUAAACACAGUAAUCUUCACCGAGAGGACCAGCACAUCACGGUGGAGGAGCUGUGGAGGGGCUGGAAAAUAUCAGAAGUGCACAACUGGACACUGGAGGAUGCAAUUCAGUGGCUGAAAGAGUCAGUGGAGCUUCCUCAGUACGAAAAAAACUUCAGAGACUUUAAAGUAGACGGCAACACGCUACCUCGAAUAGCGGCCAAUGAACCAUCGUUUAUGUCAAUGCAGCUAAAGAUAUUAGACCAACGACAUAAACAGAAAUUAAAUCUAAAAGCAUUGGACGCAGUGCUCUUUGGACCGCCACUACGUCCUCACCAUCACUGGCUGAAGGACUUUGUUUUGAUGAUUUCAAUCAUCAUUGGUGUGGGCGGCUGCUGGUUUGCAUACAUACAGAACAAGUCGUCUAAAAUUCACGUCUCCAAGAUGAUGAAAGAUCUGGAGAGUCUACAGCAUGCUGAACAGAGUCUGACAGAGCUACAGAGCCGGCUGGAAAAGGCUCAGGAGGAGAACCGGACGGUGGCGGUGGAGAAGCAGAACCUGGAGCAGAAGAUGCGUGAUGAGAUCAGCGGGGCUAAGAGAGAAGCCAGCAGACUGCGAGAGCUGCGAGAGGGGGCUGAAUGUGAACUCAGCAGACUCAAGUAUGCAGAGGAGGAACUAGUGCAGGUGCGAAUGGCGCUGAAAAGAGCAGAGAAGGAAAUGCAGUCAGAUUGGUCGGUGCCAGAAGCCCUGCAGAUGUGGCUUCAGCUCACACAUGAGGUGGAAGUACAGUACUACAACAUUAAAAAACAGAAUGCUGAGCUUCAGCUCACGGUCGCAAAGGAUGAGGCAGAAAAGAUCAAGAAGAAGAGGAGCUCUGUGUUUGGUACCCUCCAUGUUGCACACAGCUCAUCGCUGGAUGAAGUAGACCACAAAAUACUUGAGGCUAAAAAAUCUCUGUCAGAGGUCACAGCCUGUUUGCGUGAACGCCUUCACCGCUGGCAGCAAAUAGAGAAGAUAUGUGGCUUUCCAGUGGUUAAUAACUCUGGGCUGCCCAGCCUCACCGCCUCCCUGUACGCUGACCACAGCUGGGUGGUCAUGCCGCGGAUGUCGGUGCCACCCUACCCAAUCGCUGGCGGGGUGGACGAUCUUGACGAGGAUAUGCCACCAAUCAUUCCACAGUUCACCUCUCCUUUGAUUCGACCUCCUCUGACCCGCAACAGCAGUGUUUGUCGUUCUCGCAGAAGUCUUAUGUCUCAACCCUCAUCCCUUUCUCCUGACCCUGAUCUGCUGUCUAUGGCCUCGGCCCCACUGGCCUACAGACCCGAGGGAGACGAUGAUCACAUCUUCUUCACUGUAGAAAGGAAGGGAGAUCCUCACAGAGAUCCUCAGGAUACAUGCUCAGAUUCAGAUUCUCUCAGUUCCUCAUUGGGCAGGAAGUUCUCCAGUCCCUCUGUUCAAAGUACAUGUGUUACGGGCACGGAUACCCCACCUCGUAAAAUCUCUCGUGAGGAACUUCUUCUCCUGGUGCAGGAGGCCCAGACUGUCACCAUAGAGACCUUACCUCCUUCCACAUCCUCCCAUUCAUCUCCACUUGACUCCUCUUCAGUUCACAAGGGCUCUCCUGACCUUACACACUCUUCCGUCCUCCCAGAAUCUCAAAGUUUAACCUUUCACCCUGGCACCAAAGCUCUGGCCUAUAAUGGCAUUCUGGAAAAGUCAUACAGCAUGGGGCAGUUAUCUGCUGGUGGGACGCCUCCAGAGGGUCACUACCCCUCGAUUAGCUCACUCGACAGAGAAAGCAAAUCUGUCAAGGAGCCCAAGCAACUCCAACCAACCUCCUCCCAGGACUCUUGCGAUAAUGGAGAGAAAAAACGCUCCAAGAUCAAGAGCUUGUUCAAGAAAAGCAAAAAGCUGUGAGGAACAGUAGAGAAGAGGAAGAAAUGGAGAGAAAAAGAAGCCUUAAAACAAAAUAAAUGAGGGUGAUGCUGUCAACCAGAAGCCAAAACAUU